AUGGACCUCAGAAACUUGUUCUACAAUGUUUACUUGUUGUUAUUUUUCUUUAUUUUUUACUCCCCAGCAAUAGCCCAAGAUCAGCCUACGUUCCCAGAACUUGAGGAUGCUGCCCGAGCUGCGAUCAAAGAAGUACAAGAGAAGUUCCCGGAAUUUUCUGACACAUAUAUGACCGUUAUCGGCGGCCUGGGUGUCUGGAAACAUCUUCCUAAGGGACGACGAACGAUGGUGAGAAGAAGAUACUAUAUAUGUUUAUAUAUUGCUGAGAUCUCUCAUUCUAAGAUCCCUAAUAUUGCUGCAGCCUUCUACAAUCACUAUUCAAGCCAUUCUAACACCCGACUGAAGUCUCCCUUUACGCCUUCUGGAGCCAGGCGCCUCGGCCAAGUCAGACUGCCCGAGCUUCCGUACGCAACUCCCGAAGAUCUACUGGCCUUGAAAAUCAAUAGCUCUGGGCUGCGCGCUACGAUCGAAAAAAGAAGGGUGGAUGCCGCAGAUGCCGAUGCUCUUGCUGAGAUGCUUCUGAGCAGGGGGCCCAUUGUCCUCACUCCCGAGCAGAGAAGGGCCGCCCAAGGUGGACUUGAAGAUCUGCUAAAGUAUAGCACCAAAGAUGAGGCGUGGUGGAGAAGGGCCCUGCAGCUCUAA